GCGGGGGCUACCCGUGACGGGCCGCUGGCUAAGCGUGGUUUGUUACGGCCGCUGUGGGACCGAGGUGGCAGCAUGACGCUCCUUGUCCUCUGGUUUCGAUUGAACAGGGGCAGAAUGAUGCUCAAUACUGUCGCAGGACAAACACGGGAAGAAUCCUGUUUGUGACUAUUCUCUCGGCAGCAUAGCCAAAUCCCAAACACAAGGCAUACAUUGCAGCACUGCUUCCUGAUUUUUCCGAAAAAGUGAAAACAAAGGUUAGGUAAUAAUGGGCGAAACGAGGAUACUGAAAGAGUCACUGUCUCACCUGCGCUAGCUGUGUGGCAAUAACUAAUUGGGCAUCACCGCCGACGCGCACUGGACACCCGGAGAGCGUCUAAAACGCCAGGCCAGUACAUGUGAAGAAGCGUCCUGGCGCCGGGCAGUGAGAGCCGCAGGACGAUUAUGCAGGCUCCGUCACAUGGUGGAAACCAUAAUGUGAACCCUGCGACGGGAGACUUGCUGAAUCAAUCGACUGGCCACGGGCUCAUGCUACCAACGUCGCACCACUGGACCCGUCGUCGCCGACUUACAUUGACAUUCUUAUAAAGGAUGGUGCCUGACACUUCCCAGUAUGGGGUGCCCAACGGAGAAAAAAGGCAUCGAGGAUCGUUGAUUUUCAUCUUUCUGCACUGUUGCCAACCAGACCCAACUACGCCGCUACGACCUGCCCAGCGACAUCGGCAAACAGCCAGCCACCAAACAUCAACGUCGCAUGUAGCCGAUUGCUGCGCAUGACCACCGCCAAACUUUGCCUAGACUCAAAAAAUUCGUCCUUUGUGGCAAACGCAGCCGGCAGCACCUAAUCGGGCAGAUACACAUCGCUUGCGCGGCGUUGUUCACGCGCAACCACACCAUAUACAACCAGGCUGUAUAUACUGCCUAGUAUUCCCAGAGGUGUAGUGAGUUUUGGAAGACAACAUCGUUCUUUUCAGAACAACUAUAUUACUUCAAAAUCCGGGGACAUACCAUCUCGAUAUCAAGCUUAAACCGUUCGGCUAUUGGCAUUGGAUCGGCAAACGUCCCAACCAAAAAAACUGAGCAGCUCCACUCCCAUACAACCAUAACCCGCGAUAGCUCCUCAACAAAGUGAAGCACAGCCCGCGAUUUAUUCCCGACUCUGAAUCGCUGCGUUAGCGUUGCGACUUUUUCUCUGGUGCAGCACUGCCACCAAGCCAUCCAGCUGUAUUGGUUCGGCUGCCCACGGCCAAACGUCACCUAACCCAUAACACGACACGCCUUUUCCCACUUACAUCCUUGCCCACUGCAUCUUCACCGCCGAUAUAUCUCCACUCAAGGAAUCGAUAGCCCUAGUUCCCCGGGCCAGGAACGAAAUCAAGUUGUCAACCUGUUGCAGGCUUGGAAAUUUGUUCGGCGCAUAAUAUUACGGUGCCCCCGUCCAUCCCCUCCUUCCGCCAUUUCCCCAUCCAAGACCUGCAUCGUCCUUGCAGACCGUUGCUCAAGAAACUGACAGCGGUGCUUGUGGAUACAGGGCGUUAACCUGACCGCAACUCUUGGUUGUCCGUGCCUAACAUUCUUUUUACUAUUGGUCCCGGAACCGAUCACGCUAUCAGUACCGUACUGUCCCUCGCUAAAUCGCCUAUCCCUGCUGGUUGCCACGGAUUUUCACGACAUAUACAUAUAUAGCCGCCACCAUUUCGCUCUCCACUGGUUCGGCCUCAUUAUCCCAUAACAUCCACCAUCCUCUAGAGUCCAAGACUCGUAUGAAAUAUCGCCAUGGCUAAUCGAUCCAGCAUUGCUGCUUCGGACACCACCUACCACAGUUUCAAUGAUAUUGAGCUGUAUGAGCCAGCGGCUCCGGUAGACGAGCGCAGCCAUGGCCGUGCCUCAUACGACGUCAGGCCAUCUCUACCUGGAUCCCAGGACUUUGUUUCCUCCAAAAUUCAUCGCCAGGACUCUGGCUACGAAUCCUGCUCCUAUUCUCCUCGAGCAUCCAUCUCCCAUAGUCGACCAUCAGUGACUCGUCAAAACUCAACAAUGUCGGCGUCUCGUGUCCGCUCGCGCCCAUCAACCCGUCGUUCCAGCAAGCCCUACAACUCCUACAACAACGGCUCCGUCUACCAGGUCAAAUCCUACACUGGAUCACAAACCAACGCUGCCUACUACCAAUUCCCUGCACUGGAUGUGGUAGAGAUGAGCGAGACGGAAGCACACAUGGAGGUAGCUCCGCCUUUGCCCCAAACCACGCAAUACUGGACCAGUGACAGCACUCGCCGCCUUGAGUACGCUGCCAUUGAUGCCGCCAGUCGCGGUGUUAAGGGCUGGAUCCGCAAGCACCUCGUCCCUGAAUGCAUUACUGGGCCCCAACAUAUUCCGUUUGAUGACGACUCUGGUAGCGUCAGACGUUAUCGUCUGGAACUGGAUGAGGAUGAUCUUGAAAAAGACAGCAGCGACAGCGACCGCCGAAGCUGGCGAUUUGGAAAGAAUAGGAAGUGAAGUUUCCUAUGUACCUCGGCCUGCCCCUUUGACUUUCAUCAUCCCUUGUUUUAUUUCCACCACCCCAUUUUCUUCUGAUUGAUCUGAUUUUGCGCAUCAUACAAAGCAUCACACCGGCGUUCUAUACCCCCCCCCCCCCCUAGCACCUUAUAUUUUCAUCGGGACUCGCAUUUUCAGGAAAGGAUUCACAUACAAUUUUUUUAUCUGCAUUGGGCUACGGAGCAUACAUUUAUAUGAUAAAUUGGCACAUAUAUACUCUUACACGAUACACGAAGCAAUGUCUUCAUUAGAUACGAAUUUAACAAACACACCUAUGUCACUAGGUUGCAUCUUUACCCUUUG